CAGCGCGCGCGAAGUUCACCGGUACGAAUUUCCACUAUUAGAAACUUGAUUGGUGUGUGCUUUGGCAGGAAAACUGCAGGAAAAUAGCGCGGUUUCAAUCGCUCGACGUUUUCGCGUUUUAUUCGAUUCUGGAAUUUAUUGAAUUCGACUUUUUUUUCCUUCUUUUUUUCAAGUGAAAGGUGGUGUAAUCUGGAGUUGGGGCAAUAAAGAAGAUUUCAACAACAUGGUAAACGGGAGACAACGCGAGGCAUCCCAUCGGCUUAAGUUGUGUUAAAAUGACAGGAUUAUUAGUGUUUGUGUGAAUGAUUAUACAAUGGAUAUAAUUUGAAAAAAUGGUGAUGUGCAAUUUGAGAAUGUUCAAGCAUUCUCGAAUCUUCAAUGUGUAUUCGGUAUUUUUUAUUUUGGGUACGAUCGUGUUGUGUGCAGCGGGAAAUCGCGAGUUUGAUUCAGGUGAUUCUGAUCGAUCAGCUUUCAUCUUCCGCCACCGGAGGAGCUACGAACGCCACAAGACAAAAGAGGCUCUAAUGAAAACUAAUGGCGUUAAGACAUCGAAUGGAAAAUCGAGCACCGUUUUCAUCACGGAAAAUUGCACCGUCGUCGUGGCUCAAAUCGGGGGUACAGCCACUUUGCCCUGCGUUGUAAGGAAGAUUGGCAGCGGUGUGGUAUCUUGGUUGCGAAAACAAGAUUACCAUUUGCUCACAGUGGGAUUGGCCCCUUACAAUUCCGACGAUCGGUAUAUGGUAGAACACGUUCGACAUUUACAAAACUGGGGGUUGCUAAUUAAAAAAGUCACCCCAUCGGAUGCUGGACUGUACGAAUGCCAGAUAUCAACCCAUCCACCUUCGAGUAUUAUCGUCGAACUUCGAGUAACGAAAGCGAUAGCGGAGAUUCAAGGCGCUCCAGAUCUUUACGUCCAUUCGGGUUCCAGACUUCGGAUACUUUGCAUCCUGAAAGACUCCACCGAACCUCCGGAGUACGUUUUUUGGUACCACGAACAGAGAAUGAUCAACUACGAUCCGGGAGUUUUCGUCAAAGAUGGUCGAGCCUCCAGCGUUAUCCAAGUGGAAGAGGCCGAUAAAAGCCACAAUGGAAAUUACACCUGCAGCCCCUCUAACGCUGCUCCUGCUUCCAUCAACGUGCACGUGCUCAAUGCAACAGCAGAAGAAAAACCAGCAGCGAUGCAACACGCCAAUUCUUCUAGUUCGACAAAGUUUUGUUAUGUCAAGUAUGGAACUUUGUUUGUUGUACUUAUACCGUUUAUACAGAAAACGUGA